CCGAGAAAGAAAAACUGACGACGAAUAUCCCGUUGACUGCAGUACAAUAGCAGUACUAUUCUACCUGGAAAAAGGUCCGCCGCCGCCCACUGCAGCAAGCCAUUUACCUUGGCCCGCAAUCCAAGCUACAGUUAUUCACACGAGUCAUGAGGAAUCAUUACUAUCGGGUCUUGUUAACCUUUUCUCCUCCCUUGUUGGUAUCGGCGGCAUUUGUGGGCAACCGAUUUUCUCAGUCAUCCUCCACGGCGUCGGCGAGCAGCAACCUUAUCGGAACCUACCCKCGCCUCUACAUGGCAUCGGACAAGAAUCCGUUUUCGUCCAUGAUCGGAGAUGUCGCCUCGUCCCUCUUYGGUGCCGGCASCAAGGGGGACCAACAGAGCGCAUCCAAGGUCGAUGAGGCUCUGGGAAAGAUCGGCGGAGACGGAAGCAAGACCUGGCCGGAACUACGAUCCCAGCUCGAGUCCCAACAAACUACGGACGAAGAGCGAAACUUUCGAGCGAACCUAGAAAAGGGGUACGGGAUCCAGGGAAGUCCGAUGCACAAGAUCCGCCUGUUCGACGAAUCCAACAAAGAAGAGGACAUAGCGGUCACGUUUUAUCGGGACUCGGCGUCGUGGUGUCCCUACUGCCAAAAGGUGUGGAUGACGCUGGAGGCGAAACAAAUCCCCUACCGGGUGGAAAAGAUCAACAUGCGCUGCUACGGAGACAAGCCGGCGUCCUUUCUCAAACUGCAGCCCGGUGGGCAAAUCCCCGUGGCAAUCAUCAACGGGAAGGURUACGGACAAUCAAAUGACAUUCUGUUGGCCCUGGAGGGGCUCCCACAGAGCAAGCGGUCACUGAAUCCACCUUCCCAUCUCAGAGGCGAAGCCCAGCAACUGUAUGGGUUGGAGCGGCAGCUGUUUUCGGGCUGGAUGGGAUGGCUGACCAGUGGAUGGGGCAAGGAUCAAUUCAUCGAUACUCUAAAAUACGUCGAUUCCGUUCUGCAAAAGGCCGACGGGCCCUUCUUUCUUGGCAAAGAUUUCUCGCUGGUGGACGUUCAGUUUGCUCCUUUCUUGGAGCGAAUGGUCGCAAGUCGUAAGUAGCGUGAGGAGUUGUUUGACCGAGAGCAUUUGAGGCUAACAGUGCUUCAACGACACACACCUCAAACCAGAACUCGACCGUUUUCGUCCUGACCAACAUUGCUCCGCGGAUUGUUGCAAAAUCGUUUUAUCUAUUGAACAUCAGUACUCUUUUUCAAAGGAUUUGUCAUUCGUGUUCCCCCUGGCGAGAGAUCGACCGCCGAAUAUCCGGGGAUCAAUGCUUGGUUUGAUGCCAUGGAACAACUUCCGGCAUACCAAUUGACAAAGAGUGAUUAUUACACCCACGCCUGGGACCUGCCACCACAGCUGGGUGGGUGUCGUCCUGAACAAGGCAGCAAACCAUACGAAGACGCAAUCAACGGAGUCCGUUCCCUGGAUGGCACACAGGGAAGCUGGGAGCUGCCACUCCAGGCAGACAAUGGUGGAGUCGAACCAGACUGGACGUUCAUUCCGGGGGGCGAACCGGAGGCGCGACGGGAGGCAGUCGAACGAAUUUCUGCCAAUCACGAUGCAAUCGUUAAGUUUGCUUGUCGGGGAGCGUACGUUUUUCUUUGGCUCGAGUGCAGCACUAUAUACCAUGUUGUUUAUCACGAGUUUCGGAGCUGACACUAUCGUUUUUUUGUUUUCUGCGUCGUGCCACAGUGGCAGCAAGGGAUUUCCAAAUUUUGGGGCACCCCUGGCUGAUCCAAACGCCGUACCAAACGAUGCCCUGCAAAACACGGUCGACAAGUGCCUUCGUACGGUCUGCUCUGCACUACUGGCAGACUCCGUCGACGGACACAACGCGGAAAUGGAAGCCAUUGCCAAAACGAUCGUCUCCGAAGGAGGCAAAGAAUACACGGGCGGAGUCGUUGCAAGCCUUGCCUACCUGAGGGACAGGGUCGGGGUCCCUCGAGACAUGCGACUUCCCGCAGCACGACAGCUCCGAGCCCAUCUGAAUUGGUCUAUCGGGAUGAUUCUAGAUGCAUCCGAAAACUAAGUCCACCGAUAGAAAAUCCAG